AUGUCGACCUUUGAUCCGUUUACGCAGAACAUCACGUUCUUAGCAGCAGAUGGAAACACCACCAUCAGCAUCCCCGUGGUGCUCGUUGACGAGAUGCGUCGUAUGAUGGUCAACACCGUCAUCAACUAUGCCACACAACUCGGCGCCUGUCUCGUCAUGCUCGUCGUUCUCCUCGUCAUGGUCCCCUUCUCCAAGUUCCGAAGACCCUUCAACGCUCUUCAGAUCAUCAGUCUCUUCAUCUGCUCGUGUAGAAUGGUUCUCCUGUGUAUCUGGAACAUCUCCAAGUUCGCCGACUUUUAUCCCUUCUGGUCUCACGACUUUAGCCAUAUUCCUCGCAGUGAGUAUGCACCAGCCAUCGCUGCCAAUAUCAUCUCGCUCUUGCUCGUCAUCUCGAUUGAGACGAUGCUCAUGAGUCAGGCUUGGACGAUGGUUAAGCUGUGGCCGAAUAUGUGGAAGUAUAUCAUUGCUGGUCUUUCACUCGUCAUUUCUCUCAUGACGAUCUGUGUGAGAAUUGCUUUCACGGCUGUUCAGAACAAGGCAGUUCUUGAUACCAUUCCGCCAUUGCAUAUGCUCUGGCUCAUCAAGUGGACGGUCAUCAUGAAUGUGUCUUCCAUCUCAUGGUGGUGUGCCAUCUUCAACAUCAAGCUCAUCUGGCAUCUCAUCUCCAAUCGUGGUAUCCUACCAUCUUACAAGACGCUCACUCCCAUGGAAGUCCUCGUCAUGACCAAUGGCAUCCUGAUGAUCAUCCCAGUCAUCUUCGCCUCUCUUGAAUGGGCUCACUUCGUCGACUUCGAAGCAGCAUCCCUCACCCUCUCCUCCGUCGCCGUCAUCCUCCCGCUCGGCACCCUCGCCGCACAACGCAUCGCCGCCAGCAACGCCAACAGCGCCCACUCCUCCGGCGCCUCAAACGGCAUCCGCUACGGCGCCAGCGGCCCCAACUCCUUCACUGGCUUCAAAGCACCUAGUUUCAGCACCAACCGCAGCGGCGCCACCGACAGGCCUCACGUCUCCGUGUACGCCCGCUGUGAAGCUGGGACUUCGUCUCGCGACCACAUCAAUCCCGGGGAUGUUGAGCUAGGCAAGAUCGACAGUGAUCACGUCCGGGUUGACAAAGCCUUCUUGCAACGUGAAGAGCGGAUCUAGGCCACUCUUUGCAAUUUCAGCUUCCACGAAAACUGCUUUUGGGAAAUGGUAUUACACGUUCAUGUUUUCGACCAAAACAAAACUUCUAGCGCGGCGUAUCGGCACAAGUUGCUUUUCCUUCAUGUUACUGCUUUUCUUAGCGAACAGCUUUCAUACCCAAUGCGGUUGAUGAUGCUUGGGAUAACUCGCAUCCUACUUUCUUUAGUUUAUGGUAUCUCUUUUGACCCGAUGACUUUUAAUCAAGGACGAUACUGUCUAUGCCUUGCUCUUCUUUAGUUAAAAGAUGGAUAAGCGCUCAGGCGCACAGUAGCGAU